AUGGCUUUAUCUUCUUGCCAUUUAGAUUUUGGUGCACCAAGUGGCAAGGGUCAAAAGAGGAAUCGUAGAAUGUGGGUCCCUAAUGCGCCGACUGCGAUAAUUUCUGCUCUCGCCGCCUCAGCCGGCGCUGUCUGUAUAUUCAAAGACUUUUAUGGUGGAUCUCCUUACGACCGUGAUGUGAAAGCCGAAGGGAAAACUGUGAUAGUGACAGGAGCUAACAGCGGUAUCGGCAAGGAGGUUGCCUGGGACUUCGCUGUGAGAGGCGCCAAGGUGUUCAUGGCGUGUCGCAACAUGGAGAAGUGCGAAGCAGUGCGCAAGGACAUCGUUCUGGAGUCCCGCAACAAGUUUGUGUACUGCCGCCCAUGUGACCUCAGCAGUUUAGAGUCCAUCAGGAAGUUUGUUGAGAGGUUCAAAUCUGAAGAGCCUCAUCUAGACGUGCUGGUGAACAAUGCAGGCGUUAUGGAACCUCCCGCCAGCGUCACCAAGGACGGCUUCGAGACACAAUUCGGAGUUAACCAUUUAGGACACUUCCUGCUCACUGGAUUGUUACUGGACACAUUAAAGGAGUCAGCUCCCAGCCGCAUAAUUAUAGUAACAGGUUCAGCUCACCACCGCGGCCGCAUACAUAAAGAGGACCUCAACAUGACCAAGAAGUACGACGCAUCCGCUGCCUACGCCCAAAGCAAGUUGGCCAACAUGCUGUUUGCCAGGGAGCUGGGUAAAAGGUUGCUUGAGACCAACGUGUCAGUGAUCGCCGUAGACCCAGGUCUGACAGACACAGACCUCACCAGACACAUGUCGAUGAUGAAGAGCAUCACGAGAUUUAUCGUGUAUCCCAUCUUCUGGCCUUUCAUGAAGUCAGCCAAGAUUGGUGGGCAGGCUAUCCUACAUGCUGCUCUUGAUCCCGCGUUGGACAAGUCUUCUGGAGAUUACUAUGUUGACAUGAAAAAGAAGGAACCAUCGAAGUUGGCCCAGGACUACGAACUAGCUCUAUGGCUGUGGAAAGUCAGCGAAAAGUGGACCAAACUCGACGAGCAUAAGGCAGCACUGGCAAAGGCCAGAACGGCGUGA